AAGAAGAUCAAGAACCAAAUGUCUUCACUUUCAUUAAUGAGAUCUGUGUUUUUGGCAGCAAUGUUUCCAGUGUCCAUGGCGGCGUUGCAGUCUCUCUAAUUCUCCCCCACCACCCCCACCUCUCUCCAAGUACACUCUCUCUCAUCUCCCUCCAUAAAAACCCCACAGCACCUACACCACCACCAUCACCACCACCACCACCACCACUGGGCUACUCUCCUACUCCUGCUCCUCCACUUUCUCUACUCAAACCCUAUAUGGAUUUUUCCAAUCUCUCAACCAAACAAUGGCUCAAGUAAACCAAGAUCAAGAACUACAUAACACUAAUUUUCUCACCACUACCACCACCACAACCACCAACAAUAAAUCUUGUCAUCCAUGGCAAGACUAUCUUUUCCAAUACCAUCAUCAUCAACCAACCCUAAUUUCCUUUGAAUCCCACCCAACCAGCAGCGGCAGCGCCGGCGCCGGUAUGAGCUGCCAAGACUGCGGCAACCAAGCCAAGAAAGACUGCGCCCACACCCGCUGCCGCACCUGCUGCAAAAGCCGUGGCUUCCCUUGCCCUACCCACAUCAAGAGCACUUGGGUUCCCGUCUCCAAACGCCGUGACCGCCGCCCUCAACCACUCACCAUUCCUGCUGAGCAGAGCUUCCCGGCCGAGAUCACCUCUCCGGCCACGUUCCGCUGCGUCCGCGUCAGCCCUAUCGACGAUGCCGACGAUGAACUCGCUUACCAGACCUCCAUCAGCAUCGCUGGCCAUGUCUUCAAGGGCAUCCUUUAUGAUCAAGGUCCUGAUUCCACCCCUUCUUCUUCUUCUGAUCCUAAUCCUAAUCCUCAUCCUCAUCCUCAUCCUCAUCUUGGAUCUGUAAACCCUAGCUCUGCCUACUCUUAUCCUCAGCCUCCUCCUCUGAAUGAUUUCAUUUCUGGGAAUCAAUUUUUUCACCAUCAUUCAAGACCUUAGAAUACACUUUUGCAUGGCAUUUUCCUUUUUCUUCCCCAGUUCAAAACCCAAGAAACUUCCAUCUUUCUUUCUG